GAAGGAUGGUGUCAUUCCUUUUCCAGACUGAAAAGCACAAGGGGAGGGUCUAAUAACUGGAGAGGGGAAGAGGGGAAGAGAAGUUACCAUUACAGUAACUCUUACUCAGCCUGGACCAGGGGAAAAAGAACAAAAGGAAACAGGGGAAGAAAAGGGGAGACCACUUUGAAGCUGUAUUCACAGGAUAAUCACUCAAAAUGGAGGACUCCAGCAGCAGCAAGCCUUUCAUGGUGACGUCCUCUCUGAACUUCAAAGUCACCACUCCAUCCUUCUACAACCAGCCAAAGAAGUUUGCCUCUGUGGCACCGCCACGGCCCAAAAGUGUGACCCCUCCCUCAGCACCAUCACCAACACCAGUAGGCACAGGUGUUAUUGGUCGAGUAGGAGAUCUGCCUCCACCACCUCCUUCACUCUGUGAUGACUUCCCACCCCCUCCUCCUCCACCACUGGAUGAAGAUUUGCCCGCCCCUCCCCCUGAAUGCCAAACAACACCCUCUGCCUCAGACGCUCCCCCUCCUGCCUUCCCCGCUCCACCUCCAGUGGCUGAUGACCUGCCCCUCCCAGCUCCCCCUGAAGAAAGUGCCUGUCUGCCCACCCCUCCCUCUCCCCCUCCACCCCCACCCCCUCCACCUGUACCUGCCUCAGGUACCAGUAUUCCCAGUGCUGCUGCCAACCCACAGAGGCUGAUGGAGAAGCAGACGAGCUUUGAUAGACAGCUCGACUCUCUGACUGACUUGUUGUCUGAAAUGGAGACCAGGGGACCUUUCAACCCCAAGUUACCGAGCCAGUAUUCUUCAGCACCAGCACCCAAACCUUCAGCCCCCCCCCCAACUGCUCCAAAACCAGCUCUCUCCUUCCUCCCUCCCCCUGAGAUGGGAGACCGCCCGCCUCCAGCACCUUGGGCAGAAGAACUCAAAGCCAGGACCAACCGACAAGCCAAUCACAACUCUGCGCCAAACUCUGCCGCACAGCCAUUUAACAAAGCCCCAGCAGUGGCACCGAAGUCUGGUUUUGGAGGGAGACCGACGACAUCAUCAGCCUCUUUGGCACAAAAACUUAAUCAGAAUCUGAACCAGAACAUAACGCCAAUCGGCGGUGCACCAAAACCAGCCCCUCCUUCUGCCACCAGCUCUUUCCCUCCAGUUCCCACAGCUCCACCCGCCGCACCUCCUGCUCAACCAAACAAUGUGGCUGCUGCUCCAGCCUUUAAUCACGUAAAGAGUUCUCCUUAUGCUGGUCAGGUGAACGCAAACCAAAACCCUCCUGCUGCUGUGCCGCCUCCUCCUCAGCCGAAGAUGAUGGCAUCACCCCCAUCUUCUUUUAACCAGCCAAUGAAAACUCCUCCUUCAUCAACGCCCUCACCACCCGGACCAAUUCCCAUCCUUGGUGGAGGUGUUCCUCUGAAUAUGAAGGAGGUAGAGGAGCUGGAGAGAAUGACCAAGGACUUCAUAAAAGACAUGGACACACAUGCACCUGUCAUCACCUCGCCUCCCACAGAGGUCUGUGGGAAGUGUGGUGAGGCUCUGUCUCGAACACAGCCAGCAGUGAGGGCCAUGGAUAAACUCUUCCACUCGAACUGCUUCUGUUGUAUGAGCUGUCAUCGCCCCCUGCAGGGCAUGCAGUUCUAUGACAGGGAUGGGACGCCCCAGUGUGAGGACUGCUAUAUGAAUUCCUUGGCAGUGUGUUCCCGGUGCGGGGAGAAGAUCACCGACCGUGUGCUGAAGGCUGUGGGCCAGUGCUUCCAUGCCCACUGUUUCCGCUGCAGCACCUGCUCCUGUGUACUUGAGGGGGCACCAUUCAUUACUGAUGACAACAACAACCCUUACUGUGUCCAGGAUUAUCACAGGCGUUUCUCCCCUCUGUGUGUGAGCUGUAAUGAGCCAAUCAUUCCUGCUCCUGGCAGUGAGGAAACAGUCAGAGUUGUGGCUCUUGACAAGAACUUCCACCUUAAAUGUUACCGUUGCGAGGACUGUGCUCGUCCUCUCUCCAUAGAAGCGGAUGAAAAUGGCUGCUAUCCGCUGGAUGGUAGGAUCCUGUGUAUGAAGUGUCACACCAAGCGAGCCAAGCAAGCAGCACAGUGAUUGGUUGAUGAAGCAUGUUGCAGAUUAACUCUGAACCAAAUUUAAAAGCACAGGAUUCAUUUAGCUGCCGUUUUGCCUUUGCAACAGGGCUUUUUUCAGUGUAUGUGCGCCCAGGUGUGAGAGUGAAUGUGCUGUGUGAGAAGGUGUUUGCAUGCAGAUACAGUGUAGUAAUUCCUCGUCUCCAGUCACUUCAGUGCAGAAGUAAUGUACUGCAUUGAUUUAACUCCACUUGUCAUUUAUUCCUAGUCCCUCUUUCCCUGAUCCCCCAUCUAACCCCUCAUUGUGGAAUAGAACGUAUUUUUGUGCCAAUUCUAUGUUUACGCUAAAAUUUAGAGCAAAACUUGCACACAGACAAUUUGUUCAAAAGAGCAGUCUGAUGAAUAUAAAGUUGCCUUUUUCUCUCCUUGUAGCAACAAAAACUGAUAUAAUGAUCUUGAAACAUUCACUGGCUGGUUGCUGCCUCUGUGAGCUUUGUAACUACACUGAGACAGAUAGUUACUGCAGGGUGAUGAGGACCAGGGACCUCCUAUUAAAGCAUUCAGCAGAUGAACCACUGUGGAUGGUUGUAGGUUUAACAUAUCGUAAUACUUUGGCAGUGUGCCUGCAAGCAUGCUAACAGCUAAUGAUGCUUUCCUGCCAAAAGAAGUGCUUCAUUCCAGCCAAUCUGCCCUUGUAGCUUUUUAAAGUCAUCUAUGACUAAAUGUUAACUGCAAAAAUAUAACAGUGAAUGUUGCUCUUAGUUUUUCUGUGAUGUGAAUUUGAGCAUUUACAAGCAUGCUUUGAAUUCUGUCUUGUCGCCCUCUCAUCCGAUCAAACAUGCUGUAUUAGGGCAUGAUGAGAACAAAAAUCAACAAUUUUCUUUUCAAAAGUAGCUUAGAGAUGAUGAAACAUAGUAUUUUAAGAUGCAUGCUUUUUGGAUGCACUAAUUGUGAACAAAAACUGAGCACAGAUUUGCCAAGCACAGGGUCCCUUCCAAGGAUCUUAUUAAUAGAAAAACUGUGUAGUUAUAAAAGUCAGCUGCAUGGCUGAAAACAGGACCUGUUAUGUGAGCAUUACACACUUGAAUAGUGAACUAACGAUACCCUUUUAGUGUCACUUUGACUCUAAAGCCCCUGCACAUGAUCAAGUUAGUUCGGCGCCUUCUAGAGACAUGGCAGUAGCCGAUGAAUACAUUUUCUUGAAAUCUUGCUUUAAAUACAGUAAUUUAAGACCUGUUUUUCAUUGAGUAUUAAAGUUAUACAUAUGUGUACCAGUGCUAAAAUAACCUCUCAUUAUUGAAGAACUAGUUGAGGCAUUAGUUUUUGAGCUUUAGGUAACUGAUGUUAAAAUAUAGUGACCAAAAAUAAGAAAGCUGUUGGCAAGAUAAAACUUAAUGAAAUAGUAAAAUGGGAUUCAGUGUUCUUAAAUCAUGUUUUUAUCAUUUUGUGUCUUUGAGCCCAUUUUUUGUUCUCAAUGUAGUCUAAUGUUACAGUUAAUACCACUAUUCUUUCCAUUAUUCGUCUUUUGUACUCUGUUCAUAUCUAUUAUGUAUUACUAUUAUUAUCUUAUUGUAUUUCUUGAUUUUGCCUUCAUUUAUUUGGCCUCAAGUCUAGCCUUGAGAUAUGUCCUCUCCUUUAAUGCUGUGGUUCUCAACUGGUUGGUCACAGGGAUGCUUUCAGUGGGUUACAAACUGGAUUCUGAAAAAAAAAAAAAAAAACUAAUCUGGCAAAAUAUUUAGGACAUACAAAAUUCCUAGGCUGACAUGUUUCCAUGUACCUUAUUUUAGUCUGUUUUGCUGGACAAGGAGUAAAUUCUGGUUGUUUUUCUGAGAUCUUGACUUAAAGUCAGAAAUUUGGAUCAUAGUUUCAAAUGGCUGAAGUGGUGGUAGGUCCUAUGGCUGGACCAGUUGAGAGCCCCUGCUCUAAUGUAAUUCCAUUGUUCCUUUUGAAUUGAGCCAAGUUUGCAGCCACACAAAUUAAUUCCACACUCCACAGUAAAAAUAUUUCUAACUUGUGCUUGUAUUGAGCUGGGUGCAGUACAACACCAGAGUGACUAAACUGGCUAGUUACUCAGCAUUGCAUGCUCGCUGUGUUGGUGGCAGUGGCAUUUCUUGUGGAAUUAAGUAUUGUUUGCACCAGUUUCUCCACCUUACUGCCCCUGCCUUUGGCAUCACUGUGAUCUAUAAUGAUGCCUUCACAGUUAUGUUAAAUGGUGUUUUGUUGUGCUAUGUGUCAUUGUAUUACAUGCAGAUGCCUUGUCUUUUCAUAUAACUUUUUUUUUAAAAUAAAUUUCUGUUUGAUAUGUGUGAAUGUGUAUAUGUUUAAAACUUUAUUUAGCCCCUGCCCUUUGCCAUUGGCUGUAUCAAAAGAUGAACAAAUAAAUACUAAACAAUUCUG